ACAGGUGGACGCGGUGAGAGGUGGGUGUAGCGCUCGUGCGGUCUGGCGCUCCUCACUGGACCCCUCCAAGAUAACUCGAGCUCCAGGCAUAUAACGAUAUAUUUAACGACAGAGGAAGUUAUACUCAGUAUAUAUUCGAGGAUUAACAAUGGCCGCCUGAGAAAUUGGAAGAUCAGCUACGUAGGCCAGCAGCCAGUCAUGGGCGGGUGGUGGCUUUCCCCCCACGCCCCCUGCCCCCUCCUGGUGGGGGUGGCUGUGGUGCUUGGGGUGGGGGUGGGCUGUGGGGGUCAUGCCCUGGCGAUGGGCACGUGUGACGGCAAGCCUCAUCAGGUCACACUCAAUACCCAGGCCCAGGCUUAUAUUGGCGUGGUGGUGGGGGCGUCGCGGGCGGGGGAAGGCAUGUACGGCUGUGGAGGGUGGCGUGCCCAAGGCGUGGAGGCGUACGAGGCCCUCAGGUGGUCCCUGGCACGUGCUAACCUGGAUGGUGGAGGUCUGGGCUCCAGGAUACUUACGGACUCCUUCGUUCCCGGCAUCAAGUUCGGGUUGCACGUCUACGACUCCUGCGAGCAUGGGGAACGAGCUGUGGCCGGCCUCGGGGAGGUGUUCCCCGUGGUGCGAGAAGGGCCCUCUGCCUGUUCCCCUCUCAGUAAUGACACCCUCUUGGCCCUGGGCGUGGUGGACCUGACAGGCGUCACCGCCACCCACCAUAACCUCGCGCACCUUCUGAAGAAGUAUCACGUUCCGGUCGUGAACGUGGCCGCACCUGAGUUGAUACCACCAGAGGAACGAGGCGAGGCAUUAAGUAAAUUCUUAGGCAGGCUUCAGUGGGAAGCAGUAAGUGUACUGGUGUCUGAAGACGACUACCCUCUUAACGUUGGCAAGGUUGUAUCAGAGAUGUCAACAACACACAAUAUCUGCAUUAGUAAUGUAGUGAGAAUACCACCACAGUCUCACAAUCCUGAUACUCGGAGCGCUACAGAGAUGGAUUUAAAAUACAGGAACUAUGUGCGGGCAGCUAUGAAUGACGGACGGGUUUCUGGAGUGGCGGUGGUAGCCAGUGGACAUGUCCUCCACCAGAUCUUGAUAGCUAUCAAGGCUGAGAGCUCCCAGACUCGAAGGGUUUAUUGGCUGUUGUCUGACCUUCCAGAGGAUGAUCUGAACCUGGUUCGUGAUGUGGCCAGGCUUACUAAAGGGUUAUUUGUCAUUACUAGUUCUCCUCCUUCUCUUGAGGAAUUUGAAGAUCAUUGGAAAAAACUUCAGGAUGUCAAGCUAGAGCGCACUUCGGAGAAUGAGUGGGUACUGGGCUACCUGCAACAAGAAAAAGGAUGCCGCCUGGAUGGGCAGCCCUUGACACCCACAGAUACUAAUACUGACAGUGUUCAGCAGAAGCAGUUACCCAUUUGCCGAUCCUUCCGUAUGCGAGAUGACGACCUUGAUAUUUUGGCAAGGACAAGAGCAGCUCUUCCAGCUAUCCAUGGCUUAUUUACAUUCUUCACAGCAAUGAGGAAUGCUUGGAGGCUAAAAUGCAGAAAUAUCCGUGGUGUGUGUGAGAGUCUUCGCGAAAUGGGUCGAAAGGAGCUUCUGGCAGAUUAUCUGACUCCACUUAAGUUUCAACAUAAUGGACCAGGAACUCGCAGCCUCACUAGCCUUGCAGGUGGCAAGCGAAGGAAUGACUGGUCAGGGAAGUUAUCUGAAACCUCUCUUGGGCUCUACAACAUUUUGACCGACCCUGGAAACUCUAGUGUGACUGUUCGGCAGACUAUGUUGGUGGAGAAUUUAACCCUACGAGUGGCAGAUGAAUCUCUCAUUCCGGAUAAAGUUAGUUGUCCACGAGGUUCUUGCAGCAGCUGCCUGAAGACUCUAAACGAGCAGACAGAGGUGGGAAAUGUGACACUGGGAGGUGUUGUGCAGAAACAUGUAUUGCUGCCAUCCCCAGACCACAUAGUUGUUGCUGCACUCUUCCCCAUUCAUCAGCCUUCUCUUGAUGGUGCAGACUGUAGUGAGACUUUAAAUGAGGAGACGAUGCAAGAAGUGGAAGCAUUCCUCUGGGCUGUGGACCAGAUCAAUCGGCACCAGAAGUUGUUGCCAGCGACUACGCUUGGUGCUGUGGUUCUGGAUACCUGUGGAUCUAGGAUCCGCACAAUGAACCAGGUGACAAGCCUUGUUAAGAGCUCUCUUCCUGGCAUCAAUGUUGACAUCAACGACAUCCAGACCUUCAUAACUGCUCUUGACCCAGAAACUGCACGAGUUACAGGCGAGAUUCUGUCCUCUCUCAACAUAACGUCCAUCAACCUGGGGCCAUCACAAGCACACUCUCCGUUUGCGUUACAGAUGAGCCCACCCAUCAACAUGGAGGCAGAAGCAAUGGUUCAGAUGCUGAGAUUUCUUGGUUGGGAUUACGUGUCCCUUGUGGUGUCGUCGGAAGAUCCAGAGAAUUUGGCUGGAGCCGAAGCUUUCAGGACUGUGGCUCAGGCGUCGCGAGUGUGUUUAGCUCACGAUAUUAAAAUGACACCUUUGGAUCCUCCAGCCAUGGCCACUCUUGCUGAUCAGAUUGUGGAGCAGUUGACAGAGAAGGCAGUAGUUGGUGCACGUGCUACUGUUCUCUUCUUGACCGUGAACGACACGAGGGACUUACUCGCUGCUGUCAAGCGGGCAGUUCUCGUCCACCGGUUACUCAAGCAUCAGCUUGUUUUCUUGGGGACUUCUUCAUGGGGGGAUCACAAGGAGAAGCUUCGUGAGUUUGAUUCUGACCUGGGUGGGGCUCUGGUGCUGAAGGAUGGCCAGCAGGAUGUGAGGGACUUCAUAGCACAUUAUAGACUCCUCAACCCUGCAAAAAAUACCAGAAAUCCAUGGUUCAAGGAGUACUGGCAACAGGAGUUUGGAUGUGUAGGAUCAACAUGUCAGUCAACCGCUAUUCCACUACCUGUUGUGCCAUACACAUCUGUACCAUCCACGCCGAGGGUUGUUCAGGCUAUGUUUUCGUUUGGUGCAGCCCUCACGCAGCUAAUAAAUCAUCUGUGUCCCCAGCAUGAUGGAAGAUUAUGCCCAGGGUUGCCCAAAUGGCGGCAAAGAACUGUGCUCAAUGAGUUUUUACGCAACACAGAGGUAUCGCGGGUGGAUAAGCCCUCCGAAUAUUUUCAGUUUACUGAGAACUUCCAUGGCAAUGCCCCACUGGAGGUCUUGAGUCUUAUGCGUUUUCCAGAUCAAAAACCCAUCAAGUAUAAAUAUGAAAAGGUUGGCAGAUACGUUGACAGUGGGCUGACUCUUGGCAAUGCCAUGGUAGAAUAUCAUAAUGGCUCGGUUACCCGCAUGGACCAGUUGCCUUCCUCCUGCACAAGUGGCUGCUCCACGUGCCACCACCAUGAAACAGACUAUGUCUUUAUUGAUUCCCCAGACAAACUGUACAUUAUUGCCACCAUUAAUGUACACCAAAAAGGUGACCGUCCUCUAGAAUGCGGUGGUUUAGAUGGAGAUAAGGGUAUCCAAAUUGUGGAGUCAUUAUUAUGGUCUCUAGAUCGCCUGAACUCUGAUCCGAAGAUCUUGCCCGGUGUGACUCUCGGUGCUAUUAUCCUCGAUGCAUGUACCAGCAAAGAAAAAGUUGUGCGUGAUGUGACCAACUUCCUUACUGGUCGUAUUCCCGAGAGAAUGAGAAAGCAGGUACCAUCCUCAAACAACAUUGUUGGCCUGAUUGCUGGUGGUAUUGGAGAAGAGGUGAGGCAGGUAAUUGAUGUGACCCAACCUUAUGGAAUCACAACUAUUGCAACCCAGGCUUCCAACAGUGUGUACUCCAACACGCGCCGCUUUCCUGUCCUUUUACGCUUGGCACCACCUAAUGAAGUUAUGGGAGGAGCUAUUGCAUCACUCCUGCUCUACUGGAGGUGGGAGGUGUUCAGCGCCGUGUACUCCGAUGGCGGCACGGCUGGUGACAUCCACAAACAUCUCCUGCGGGAAACAGAUGCACACAAUCUGAAAGCUGUUAUAUCUGAACCAGUACCUCUCAAGGUUGACCAGAUUGAGUACAUGAUGAAUGUAUGGACCAAACUAGCUGAGGCAGCACAGCAGGGUGCCCGGGCUGUCAUUCUGCUACUGGAGCCUCACCACGCAGCACUCUUCCUCCAAGCAGCAGCCAAGCUUCGCAAUGAAGGGCUCUUGCGCACUGAUGAUUUUGUCUUCAUUAUGGCAGAGUCUCCUUUGCCCUUCAUAAAACAUGAGAGUGAAGCGCUUGGUAUGGUCGUCUUACAACCUUUUAGUGGCACUGUACAAGAAUUCCAGACUUAUUUCAAGGGUCUUUCACUUGCCAACCACACAGCCUACCCUUGGUUCCAUGAGUUUUGGGCAGAGAUAUUUAAGUGCCAAGGUGCAGGGUGUUUCACUGGGGUAGCACGCAAUCUCUCGGGAUACAAGUUCCUCCAGGCUGAGGAGGUUGUCAGCACCAUGAAUGCAGUCUCUCUUCUUGGUCGAGGACUUGACAGAUGGCGAAAAGAGGCAUGUCCAGGUGUGUCAAGUGGUUUGUGUGGCGAGAUAACUUCAGAUUCCCAUUAUCGAGAUAAAAUGUUCCAAUUCACUCGUUCUGUCAACAAACUUGGUGAGGAUGGACGCCCUGUUUCCUUCACUGUCGAUGGCCACAAUCGUGCUGCUACACUUCAGGUGUUAAACUACCGUCAUGUUGGUGCUCGGCAAGGAGCUGGCCUCCUGCGUGUAGGCGUCUACAAUGAGGAAGAUGGUCUGGCUCUUAAUGGGUCACUAGUGGUUACGUACGAUGCCGAAGGAAAAGAGAAAGCCAUGACAGAAAUAAAGUCGCAGUGCAUUGAUUUCCAGUCUUGUGGGGAUGUUGCUGUUGUGGCUAAACCUGUCAAGAAGAAGACACAUUAUUUACAGAUGUUCCCCAAGCAGCGGUUUGGCAUUAGCGGCCUGGUUCCCUACCACCACAAAGGACAGACAUUUUUCUCAUGCGGCGAAUUUCACAGUGAAGGAAUCUUUCAAAAUGUUGCUGCAAUUGCAUAUGCUUUAAGCAAAAUUAACAGCAAUGAUGUCGGAGUUGGUCUUGGAGCUAUUUUAUUUGAUUAUUGUGACAGAAUAGAACGAGCUAGAGAAAGGUUCUUCAGCUUUUUUUCAGGAGAAGCUUCCGAGAGUGACGAGAACAUGGUGCUGGGGCCAAACAGGAUUGUAGCCUCUAUUACAUUUGAUGAUGCUGCUGCAGAAGCAGUCUCAAACAUUCUCUCUUCAAAUUACAUUCCUCACUUUAGCUCUCCAGUAGGGGGACAAAAGCUUGCAGACCGUGAAGAUCAAACAAUUCUCACAAGUGUUCCAUCUAGAACAGCUGAACUCCGAACAUUCUUGAGUAUCAUUAAAUCAUACAACUGGAUGUUUGUUAGUGUUAUUUAUGAUAAUGAUGACAAAGGAAAAUUCCUUAUGGAAACCUUUAGACAAUUUGCCCUGAAGGAAGACGUCUGCAUUGGAGAUUCUCUUGGUGUGCCAAAGCGGGUGUCGGAAGAAUAUGCCCAUGAAUUGAUUGAAACGUUAACUGUGUCAUGGAAGCCCAAAAUUAUUGUACUUUUAAUGGAUGCUGCAGAUAAUAUUAGAACAAUUCUGAAAGUAGCCGAGAAGCUUGGUGAAGGGGAAAAGUUUACCUUUAUUGCUGGAGGUGCUUGGGGAAACAAACCAAGUGUAACAAAAGAUUUGGACAGGAUAUCAGCUGGUGCACUUACCUUUACAAUGGAAACUUAUGAUCUUCCAGAUUUUAGGGCAUAUGUUUCAAACUUGACACUACAGAAACAUGAACCAUUCCCUGAUGAAUGGUUUGAAGAAUAUUUCCAGAACAAAUUUGAGUGUAGAUUGUCAUCUAGUGAGAGAGUCCAGAGGCAGUAUGUUUCAGAAUGCUUGGGUUCUGAGACAGUUCAUGCAGAUGAUAUUGUUCAAGAUCCUUAUGUGUUCCACACAAUUUUAAGUAUAAAUGCUAUAGCUCAUGGAUUAGAUGCUUAUAUCACAAAACAAUGUGUAGACGCUCAAACAAUUGACGAUUGUAAUGUGGUGCAAGCAGAACUUUUGUUAGAAAUUCUGCAACAAAGUGAAUUAACCUUGAAUAAUACAAGUAAUUUAGAUUCUUAUGACCAAGCUGAUGCAUAUGGAUAUCAUAUCUGGAACUAUAGAAAAUUAGGUAGAGAAUAUGGGUAUGUAAGUGUUGGAAAGUGGGAGAACAGUAAAUUACAUAUAGAAAAACCAAGUAUAGAAUUUAAAAUUGGAACCUUUGCUCCCGAUUCAUACUGCAGAGAAGGAGUGUGCCUUGAAGUAUGUUCCUCACAGUCGACAGUUUAUGCAGCUAUGGCUCUUCCAAAACCACUUCCCAUUGAUACCAACUUUUAUAAUGUCUAUGGCAUUGCCACAGGGACAAUCAGUCUCCUUGGAAUAGUUGUUAUCCUGAUAACAAUGGUGUAUUUCAUGAUGUCUUUCCCCACAGCAGCUGGUACAUCGGUGUUGGGGUACUUGAUACUCAUUGGCUGCCUUAUGCUGUAUGCAGUCAAUUUUGCUUUUAUCUUUCAGCCAACAGUUGGCACAUGUGCUGUCAGGAGGUUCCUCAUGGGUGUGGCAUAUGCCAUUAUAUUUGCUGCUAUGCUAGUCAAGGUCAUCCACACAUGGCGGGUGAUGACCUACAGCCGGGCUAAUGGUGACCCAGAUGUUCUGGCCAAACCUGGUGGACUCCUACUGUUAACCUUGGCCUUAUUUUUAGUACAAGUUAUCCUUGGUGCUGCUUGGCUUAUCCUAUAUCCUCCUGGCAUUGAUUUGUUAGGAGCAACCUGGAGGUGUACACCUACUGACCAGUUUGAAGUUGAAUUAGUGAUCUCGCUAGUGUACGUGAUGGUUCUUAUUGCAGCUACAAUUUUUUUCUGUCUUGAAACUUGGCAUGCAGAUGAAAACUCGCGAGAGACACGUUGGAUACUGUUAGCUUCGCUUUCCACAACCAUUACUUGGUGCGUAUGGACAGUUGUUGCUACGCAGGCGCCCGUCCACUUUCGGGACCCAUCUAUUGUCAUAGGGAAUCUGGUGUCUGCCACUGCGGUGAUGCUGUUCCUCUAUGCCCGGAAGAUGUAUUUAUACAGUCAGCUAAGCAGGGAUGUGAAAGAUUUAGAAAUGAGAUCUCACUACACAGCUGCCACAUCACUGUACAAUGCUUCGCUCAAUGCUCACACACAGAAGAUGGCAGAAAACAUGCCAAGGCCUCCAGGAAUGGAAAUAAAUGCAGGGAUGCCUGGCCGACAGUUUGUGGUGGUUGGGAACACUUUACGCCUCCAUCAUGCCAAUGGCCCAAUUGUGGGUAAAGUUCUUGGGCCACCUCAGCCACAUCCUCUAGCUAUUGCUCGAGGUGUCUCUCUCGGGUCGCUGCUUCCUCCAGGGGCCCGGAAAUAACCAGCACUGCUGGCAACACAUGGUUAUGUAGGUAAUGCAAAGGUGAUCAGGAGGUGAGUUUCCGGACAGUGACCCUCCCUCCAGAAACGCCUCAGAGUCGUCACUCCACCACUACCUCCCGACGCUCCCUCAGACUUUCUCUCUCUGAUGAACUUCCCGAGGACCUUACUUUUGAAUCAUCGGAAGAAGAAUUCCCCAUUGAUGCUAAUCACAUUAGUGACAAUGAAGAGGUUGAGGGAGCUGUUGGGGGGUCGCCUAGAGAGUGCCGAAUUAGGGUGUCGGAGCAGGAGCAGCUUCCUCCUAUCCGCCGUGUGGGAUCCAGACAGAUGCUGGUGUUCCUUACUGAUGGCAACACAAUAGGUGAAGUCUCAAGAAUAUAAGGGUACUGCUUCUUUGGGAUGGGUUGCACAAAGGUAAAAUUUACAGAUUAGAAAAAUAAUAAUUUAUACCACUUGGUGUAUUGAGAUGUUUUGGUACUGCACAGUGUCUGAAUUUUGGUUAGCCAGGAAUCAACAUUUCAACUCAUGAGUACUAUGAAAAUAUUAUUGAGGUAUAAAUAAUUUAUAUAGUUAUAUUCAGUUUAGUCUUGUAAUCAUUGCUGGCUACUCUGUUAAGAUACACUGGUGUACAGUAUUAGUACACCGAGCAUUUACUAAAGAUUAAUGAUGGUGUCUAGCAAAUUUGAGAUUUAUUUCCAAUGUAUUACACUAAUUGCAAAAGUGCCAAUUAAACUAUUACUGAUGGUUAGAAAAUAGUAAUUUUUAUUACUAUUAAAUCAUUCACAAGUGUCAAGCGACUUCGAGUAAAUAUUCUCAGUUAUCAAAUUUGUACAAUUUAAUAAAAAAUUGUGUUCAAGCAAUUUAAAGUUUUUUGAUCAUAUUGUAAUUUCCUUCCCAUGUAAGGAGUUGCAAAAACUUUCAUAUGUAACUAUGCAUGAUAACUUAUCUUAAUUUAAUUAUAUUAAGCAAUGACGAGCUGUAUCCGUGCUUCACCUGCAUCCGAGCUCUGAAGUCCCACAUGUACCCCAACAGUGCAUGUACUCUGGGGCUUCCUAGAUACAAUACUCUAAGAGUGCCAGUGCUCGCUACAUACUGUUGAGCUGCAUGUAUAAAUCUCCAGCACUGUGCAUAAUCUGCAACUCUUAGGUUCCAAGUCUGCCUGGCAAGAGGAAUGUUUAAGUAACUAUCAUUCUUGAAAUUAUUAUACAAUAACAAGAUUCAGGCAAUAUUCUCCAAUAGAUCUGUAUCUUUGCUCAUCUUCUGUACAUUAAUGAAAAUGAAUUUAAUUUUUGUCUGAACUUUCUGGAGAUAAUUGUAAAUAUUGUACAUUUGAUAUUUUGUUAAAAUACUUUUUCUUAGUGUUGAGCCCCUUAAAAGCAUAUUGUAUAUAUAUUUCACCAUAUAAAAGGCAUUUGAAAUGUAUGUAAAUACAUAAAAUUUUACUGUA